AUGGGGCCAAUAUCAUUCGAAAUCCUCUCCGACCUAUACCUCGAAACUCAUUCCUCGUACAGAAGCUUCAAGUUCUCACAAACUGCAUUACAUCUUGCCCUCCUUGGAGACAUCGGUCAUGUGGCCAAUGAUGUACUCUUCUCAUUUCUAGAAGUCCAGCUAGACCGCUACUCGGUGCAAGAACUCGCUGUCGAGUAUCGUAUGGUGGAUUUCAAAGAUAUCCUUCGGCGGACUGUGGAUGACCACAAUGCUGCACAUACCUCAGAUGUCGAGUGGCUCAAUGCUCAAGUUUCCACGAUUUCCAAAAGCGAGCCCCUGCGGCGGAUUGCGAUUUUUACACAUCAUAGCCCAAGCAUUUAUUCACGGUGUAUGGACCCAAAGCAUAUUGGCAGUGAUGUUUCUACGGGAUUUGCCACAGACUUAAGCCACGAGGAAUGCUGGACUAAUCCUGCGGUCGUAGCAUGGGGAUUUGGCCACACGCAUUUCAACUGUGCCUUCACAGAUGCGGAUGGGAAAGCUGUGAUAUCGAACCAAAAGGGCUAUCGUUUGGUUCCUGUCAAGGAUUUCAAUCCAGAAAGGGCAUUUAGUAUUGGGGAACGUGGUGGGAAGAAGUCGACGGUUCAACGUACGCCUUCAGAGGGUGGUAUGGCCUGUCCACAGUACAACGUCGAGGAAAGCGACCUGGCCCUUGCUAAACAUGUUGUUCGAGAUUGCCAUUGCAUUGGAAAGCUGACAGACGUUAUUGGGGACCCGGCAUUCCCAUGCACGACUCCAGGGCCUGACUCGCCCGUGCCCGUGGAAUGA